UCGUGACGGAAACAUCCGACGACGUUUACUUCCAAGCAGUCUCGUUAAAUAAAAUUAAAGUAACUAUAACACGUUAUGUUCAAUUUACUUACGACAACGAUAAAAUGAUUUAAAAAAUAACUGAUAAAACUCAAUUUCUAUACGAUUAUAACGUAUUUUAUAAUAGUUAGAAGUAACGUAUGUAUCAAUUUUUUAAUAAAAAUGUAUUCUUAAUACGAGUUAUUGGUGAUCUUCAAACUCAGGGAGCUUUGAAAUAAACAUGACACCCGUCGUCUUCAAGUCAAUUCCACUUAAGCAUAAUGUGCUAGCUUGUUAAUACAAAGGGUACAUUGUUCCUCGCAGUUGAGUGUAUUGAGAAGUGAAUAUAAUCUGUAUGAGUAUAUCUGUUCUAAGUAGUUUACGUAACACAGUUGAGAACCGAUUCGUUCAGCAUACGAUAUCCCUGAACAGUCUCAGUCUACCGGUGUAAUGAGAUCGAGGUGAUUCCCUGUGAAGAGAUUGAAAUUCUUUAGACGAAAAAUAGCACUUCAACUACAAUUGCAGAAUACUGUGGACGCUUCAAAAUUUCUCGCAUUCAUUCUUAUGAUAGAUGGAAAAUCCGAAUCGUUGAUAGUUCUUAUUUUAGUCUACAUUUUGGAAUCACUGCAGGUGAAUUUUAGAAUUUAAUUAUCAUGCCAUCUAGACAAAGAUUUAUGAAAAAAUGAGGACAAGCUUUCUUAUCACAUUCAACAUUUUGAUGACAGCUGCAAGUAGUCGGCAGGAGUAUGCAGAUAAUAGAAACGUUAUCUCAGAAGAAGGAUACUACUUAGACGCGCUUUAUGAAGCUCUACCAGCAUCAGUAUCAGAAACUCUCGAAUGUCCAUCAACAAACGUAAUUAAAACCAGAUAUAAAUGCCGGGGCGUUAAUAACGACUGGACGGAUUGCUCAAGAGUCCAUUGCUGCCCGGAAUACACAUUACUGAAUGGUCAAUGCAUACCAAAAGGUACAGAUCCGUGCAGCCUCAAUUUAUGCGAACAACAAUGCAGCGUUUUGAUGCAGCGAGUGAUCUGCACCUGUUGGGACGGUUACAAAUUUAGUCCGGAACGUCAAAAACAAGGAUUAAAACCAGUAUGCCUGGAUGUCGACGAAUGCGUGGAGGGAAAAGCGGACUGUGAACAAAUUUGCAUCAACAAUGCCGGUGGCUUUUCAUGUCGUUGUAGAGAAGGAUUUGUUCUCAGAGGAGAUAACAGGACUUGCGAAGAAAUUAAGGUGUCAAAAGGAGCCACAGUAGCAGCUGCAUCGAGAUGUUACGCCAACUGCGACACAGUUUUGCGGCUGCACGAUAAGGUUCGAAAGCUACAAGACAAAGUCGUCGCCCUUAGCACAGCGAUAAGAUUAUCGAGUUAUGCCUCCGGUCCUCCAGGCCCAAUGGGUCCACCAGGACCUCCUGGCCCCCCUGGAUCACGCGGUUUUCCAGGGAUUGAUGCGAACGGCCCUCACCAUAACACGGACAGUUACCGGUCGUUUGAAAAUUUGGGGAAUGAACAAGCCUACUCAAUUUUUGAUUCUUUUGCACCUACCAGCAACGGCUAUUGCAAAUGCCAGCGCGGACCUGUAGGGCCAAUCGGUGCACCAGGUAAAACCGGAGCCAAGGGUGAGUCUGGUGAGCGAGGACCAAGAGGGCCCAGAGGCUCGCCGGGAAGUUUCGAUUUUUUACUGCUACUUUUGGCGGAUGUCAGGCACGACAUAGUGUUGCUUCAGGAGAAAGUUUUCAAGGAUACGAUACCCAGAAGGUUUGACAUGCAGGCAGCAUUGCGACGGCAUCGUUUGAACAAGGAAAGGUCUAGGCAUAAAAAACAACGCGGAGCUGCUAGGGAAGGAACGUUGAUAUUACCAAAGCAAUUGACAGAUGCGCCAAAAGGCGAAGUAGAAGAGUUUAGAAACAGCGAGAUUGACGUAAUUUCAGAAUACUCAUACGACGAGGAGCUGGAGAAUUCUGGAGAAGAUUCGUAUCAAUAUGACGCAUAAUAUUUGCUGUAUUGUACGUGCAUUACAUAUGUUAUAAGCACAACUGAUUAUCAUUGCACGUCGCAUAAUAGUUCUAAUAGUUACAAGUGUGAAAAAUAAAGCAGUUUGGCAGACAAA